AUGAAAGAUGUUGGUCUUUGGACAAUUUUCAAAGUUGUUUUGAAUCACUCACAUCUUUGUUGUCCAGACCAGGCUGAGAUGCUCAAACAACAAAGGGAGCUUAGCAUGUUCAUGCAUCGCACCAUUGAAACCCACGAGGAAGUCAGAAUCAGACCGAGCAAAACUUACCAAUCAUUUGUGGCAGCAGCUGGCAGCCACUGUGAACUAGGUUUUAUAGAAAAAGACGUAAGAAAUUACAUCACAAGGAAAGUACAGAAUAUUUACGAAGAAGACGAUGCCAAAGAAUUUGGGAAGUACCUAGUUAUAAUGAAAGAGAAGAACCAAAAUUUCUUCUUUGAGCUCAACCUUGAAAGUGAUCACUGCAUUAAACAUGCAUUCUGGGCUGAUGCAAGAAGCAGGGCUGUAUUUGAUUAUUUCGGAGACGUGGUUUCAUUUGACACCACCUAUAAUACAAACAGGUACAAUUUGGUUUUAGGUUCUUUUGUUGGCGUGAAUCAACACGGGAAGGCACCAAAAGGUAUUCUUACCAAUCAAUGCGCAUCAAUUCAAAGGGCAAUUGAGCUAUGCAUGCCAACAACAAUUCACCGCUGGUGUAUCUGGCACAUCAUGAAGAAGAUCCCAAGCAAACUAAAUGGCUACAAGGGACACAUUGAUAUUGAACAAAAGAUGAGCCAUGUUGUUUGGAACUCGUACACAAAAGACGAAUUUGACAGAAACUGGAAUGAUUUCCUCACAAAGCAUGAUCUCGGAGGCAACAAGUGGCUUUUAGACCUUAUAGUUUCAGUUUGGUUUGCAAAGCUGUAUGAGAAUCGCCAUAUAUGGAUUCCACUCCUUGAGAUAAUUCGUGAAGCAAUUCGACAAUUGCCUAGCAAGCAGAGAGCAAGCAGAGAGAGAAUUCAAUGCUGCAAAUUUUCAUACCGUGAUACCAUGCACAACAAAAUCAGCAAUGAGGCACAGUUUCAGCGUGUAUAUACCCAUGAGAAGUUUAGGGAAGUGCAAGCUCAAUUUAGAGGUAAAGUGAAUUGUAUCAAAAGAUCAAUGCAUUCCACCCUAGGUUUCACAUCAUAUGAAGUCAUAGAGCAGGUUUUCAACUCCACAUUCAACAAGUUUAUCGUCACCUAUGACGCAGUAUCACGAGAUGUAAAGUGCCAUUGCUUGCUUUUUGAGUCUAGGAGCAUAUUGUGCUACCAUUUCCUAAGUGUUCUAAGCUUUGAGCGAGUGGAUAAUGUGGCACUGAAAUACAUAUUAGAAUGCUGGAGCAAGAACAUAAAGAGGAGGCAUACACACAUCAAGAGCAACCAAGAUGAACCUCUACUGGAGCCAAGAAGUAAGAGAUUUGAUGAAUUAGUGUUUCGGUCACACAAUAUAUGUGAAUUUGCAUCUGAAUCUGAAGAGUUGAUCGGAAUUUUACAUCGAGCAUUUGACAAGGUCAUGGCAGAGAUGGAAGAAUAUCAAGAGAGAAGUAAAGGAAAAAGUUUGUUAACCCACGAAGAAGCAACAUUAAGCAAUGUGAAUGACAUUCAAAGCCCACCACGUGUCAAAACAAGAGGUCGGCCCAAGAACAGACUUGGAUCAAACCUGGAAAAAAAGAUCUCAAAUGCUAUGAAGAAAAAGAAAAAGACAGCUCCAAGCGAGGUAAAAUUGACUUACUUUUGA